AUGACCAACACAUAUCGGACAAGGGAUGAACCAACCCGACAAGAUUGCCCAAACGCCCAAUACCCAAGUGCACUACACCACGAUACCAGAACCCACCCAACCACAACCCGGAACAGCACCCGCUCGACCAAUACACCCCCGACGCUAAUAGGAUCCCCAAACAGACACAGAAGGACACCAAACACAGAAGGGACACCCCAACAAGACUACACCCCGACGCAUGGCACACACACAACCACCGCCUACACACAUCAAAGAACAGCUACUAGCGCAAAAGGGAUACCCACAACAAACGCACACACAGGACAAAAACUACCUGACGGACCCUCGACCCCCAAACGCCCCACUACUCGACAACCACUCCCUACCCCCCACCCCAACGGAUCAGUGGAGACGCUCUCAGGAAGCAGGGCUAGACAAGGUCACAGCAGGAGCACUAAAGUUUCUGCCUCUUCGCAGUUUAUCUGCUUCCCAACACAAAUAUACCAAUUAAUAAAAUGA